UGUAUGCUGGCUUGCAUUUAUAGCCACCGAACCUAGAAAAUCUCCUUCAAAGACUUCCUGCCGCUACAACUCCUACUAAUUCAGACACAGUAACACUCACACAGUCGCUUUCUCCACCUUCUCACAAGCAUCACGCAUCCGAAGCUUAAAAGCUUUCCCACUUUUUCUGAAAAUGGAGGAAGGUCCACAAAUUGUAACCAAAAGUGGAGAGGUUGUUGAGGUGAUGGACGGUUCAGAUAUAAUGGAGUUAGUUGAGAACGAUAAGGUUUUUAGUAACUUCGUCGAUCACAAGUUUCGUGACCUCGAUCGCGAUUGUGACGGACAUCUCUCUGUUAAAGAACUUCAACCUGCCGUUGCAGACAUCGGCGCCGCCCUCGGUCUGCCUCCUCAAGGAACUUCCGCCGAUUCCGAUCAUAUUUACGCUGAGGUUCUUAGUGAAUUCACUCAUGGUAAAGAUUCCAGAGUAAGCAAAACCGAAUUCAAGAAAGUUCUUUCAGAUUUUCUCAUAGGAAUGGCUGCAGGUUUAAAGAGAGAUCCCAUUGUUAUCCUUCGCAUAGAUGGGGAGGAUCUAUUUGAAUUCAUUGAAAGCCCGAGUUUUGAACCAGAAAUGAUGUCCAUAUUUUCAGAGAUUGACAUUCCAAACGGGUCUCUUACUGACUACAUUAACAAGGCUUUUGAGAAACUUACUGUAGAUAAAGGGAUGCCUCCAGUUUUAGAUUCAUGGGUUACAAGUAAUAUUAUAACACCCGCACUACAGUCAUGCGGUGUCGCUCAAGAGCAACCUGUUUCUCAAGAUGCGUUUUUACUAGAGUUUAAAAAGGUUUUGGAGACUGUCGCCCAACGCCUCAAGGAUCAACCUGUUAUCGUUGCUCACAGUGAGAACACUUUUGAUGGAACCGGGGUUAGGAGACUGCUAUCUAACAAGUUUGAACUCGAAAAGACUCUAGAUACGACAGUGAAGACAAUGCCAAAAGAUCAAAAUGGGAAAAUCUCCAAGGACUGUGUACGCCUGGCACUUGAUUUCUUGGCUUCUGCAGCCGGGUUGCCACCUUUGGGUGCUGUGUAUCAGAUAGAUGAGGUUAUAGCCGAAUCAUGCAAGAUGUUAGACAUGGAUGAUGGAAAGCUUGUGAAAGAAGAAGAGUUCAAAAAAAUACUGACUGAAUUACUCGGAAGCAUUAUGCUGCAAUUAGAAGGAAACCCGAUCGCAGUUUCCACAAACUCAGUGGUUCAUGAACCUCUAGCUUCAGCUUCCACUCUCUUGCAACCUUUAUCUAUGUAAUGGUACAACUUACAAUGCUUUAUGUACUAUUAAUAAAAAUACUACUACUUUCAUAUGAACUUACAGAAAUAACAAGUAAAAGUCAAUGUACAAUCAUGAAUGCCUCUGGUGCAAUCUUGUUUAGCAUUUGGUUGUACUGGGAGAGCCAUGAGUAAGGUUUAAGUAAGUAUAUUAUAUAUAUGGUUUUAUGUGUAACUUGUAAUGACCCCAACAGUCAUGUAAUUCAAAAAGGGAUACGGACUUGUUCCAUGUUCA